GGCUCGCGUCCCGCCCGCCCGUCGUUGGAGUCACCAUGCUGUCCCCGCGCACCGCGCUGUCCUCGCGGCCGCCGCCGCUGCUGCUGCUGCUGCUGCUCCUGGCGACGUCCGCCUCGGCGCUGCCAUCCCGGGCCGGUCGCUCGGCGCCCGCCGCCACCGCGUGUCCCGAGCGCUGCGAACCGGCGCGCUGCGCCCCGCCGCCCACGGACUGCGACGGCGGCCCGGUGCGCGACGCGUGCGGCUGCUGCCAGGUGUGCGGAGCGCCCGAGGGCGCCGCGUGCGGCCUGCAGGAGGGUCCCUGCGGCGACGGGCUGCAGUGCGUGGUGCCCUUCGGGGUGCCAGCCUCGGCCACCGUGCGACGGCGGGCGCACGCCGGGGUGUGCCAGUGCGCCAGCAGCGAGCCGGUGUGCGGCAGCGACGCCAAGACCUACGCCAACCUGUGCCAGCUGCGCGCCGCCAGCCGCCGCUCCGAGAAGCUGCGCCAGCCGCCGGUCAUCGUACUGCAGCGCGGAGCCUGCGGUCAAGGGCAGGAAGACCCCAACAGUUUGCGCCACAAAUACAACUUUAUUGCUGACGUGGUUGAGAAGAUUGCGCCUGCUGUGGUUCAUAUCGAGCUGUUUCGCAAGCUUCCUUUUUCUAAGAGAGAGGUGCCCGUGGCUAGUGGGUCUGGGUUUAUCGUGUCUGAAGAUGGACUGAUCGUGACAAAUGCCCAUGUGGUAACCAAUAAGCACCGGGUCAAGGUUGAGCUGAAGAACGGAGCUACCUAUGAAGCCAAAAUCAAGGAUGUGGAUGAAAAGGCCGACAUUGCACUUAUCAAAAUUGACCAUCAGGGAAAGCUGCCGGUCCUGCUGCUUGGCCGCUCCUCUGAGCUGCGGCCAGGGGAGUUCGUGGUUGCCAUUGGAAGCCCCUUUUCCCUUCAAAACACCGUCACCACUGGGAUUGUCAGCACCACCCAGAGAGGCGGCAAAGAGCUGGGGCUCCGGAACUCCGACAUGGAUUACAUCCAGACAGACGCCAUCAUUAACUAUGGAAACUCGGGAGGCCCGCUGGUGAACCUGGAUGGGGAGGUGAUUGGCAUCAACACCCUGAAGGUCACGGCGGGCAUCUCCUUCGCAAUCCCAUCAGAUAAGAUCAAGAAGUUCCUGACAGAGUCCCACGACCGACAGGCCAAAGGGAAAACCAUCACCAAGAAGAAGUAUAUUGGUAUCCGAAUGAUGUCUCUCACAUCCAGCAAGGUCAAAGAGCUGAAGGACCGCCACCGGGACUUCCCAGACGUCCUCUCGGGAGCAUAUAUCAUUGAAGUCAUUCCCGAUACGCCGGCAGAAGCUGGUGGGCUCAAGGAAAAUGAUGUCAUCAUCAGCAUCAACGGACAGUCGGUGGUCUCCGCCAAUGACGUCAGUGACGUCAUUAAAAACGAAAGCACUCUGAACAUGGUUGUCCGCCGGGGCAAUGAAGACAUUAUGAUCACGGUGAUUCCUGAGGAAAUUGACCCUUAGACAGAGGCAGGAGCUGGACUUCAUGUUUCCCACAGAGACUCCAGUGGAUGAUGCGUGAGAACUCUGGGCUGGUGGCACUAUGGGGCACCCAGAACUUGUGACCACCAUCUAGCUUGUUGGGUGGAAACGCCCUGGCCAGCAGAAUCCUUCGUGAUAGUUUGCAGCAAAACAAAUGUAAUGUUUCAGGGGCGCAGGCAGGAGCUCCGCCCUCCGUAUCUAUGUACGCAGCGUGCUUUUCCUUGCCAGCUUGGGCUGGUCCUACGUAGACAGUCAACAUUUGUCCCUCUGUUUAACUGAGUUGUCCAACUAAUGCAGUUGAGAUGCAUAGCUAAGAGGAUGGUCCCCAGGAGCCACCAUCCUGGACGAGUCAGUACCGGAGGAGGCUGGCGUGCAGGGAGCACAGGUGGGUGAAUGCUGGCUUCUGGGACGUCCAAAGUUGCCUCUUCAGAACUGGGGGCACCGAGUUUGAGCUAUUAAAAUACUUGUUCAUA